AUGCAGACUGUCAAAGACGCCGUAAACUACGUUGGUGACAAGGCCAGCGAGCUCACAAACACUGCAUCAAAAGAAGCCAACAAGGAAGUUGCCAAAGAUGACAAUGCCAGCAUGGGUACCAGGGCAACAGCUGCCAAGGACGCAGUCGGUGACAAGAUCAACGAGGUCAAGGACGGUGCAUCAGCCACUGCCAACAAGGAGAAAGCCAAACAUUAG